UUCUCUGCUUUGCCGCGAGUGUUGAUAGUCGUGCAGCGGUAGUAUCUCUCUUCCAUUUUGGUUUAUGUCUUUUCCGAUACAAUAGCCAACAUGAGUCGCGUCAGGACUAAGACGGUCAAAAAGGCCGCCAAACUCAUCAUCGAGAAAUAUUACACUCGAUUGACUAUGGACUUCCACACCAACAAGAGGAUAUGUGAAGAAAUUGCUAUUAUUCCUAGCAAAUCUCUCCGUAACAAAAUCGCUGGAUUUGUUACGCAUUUAAUGAAACGUUUGAGACACAGUCAAGUGCGUGGUAUUUCCAUCAAACUGCAAGAAGAAGAGAGGGAACGCAGAGAUAACUACGUUCCUGAAGUCUCUGCCCUGGAACACGACAUCAUCGAGGUCGAUCCAGAGACUAAAGAAAUGUUACAGAUGCUAGGAUUCAACAAUAUUCCAGGACUCCAACUUACGCAAUCUCAAUUACCACCAUAUAGCAGACGUUCUUAAUUUUUUCUUUAUAAUAAAUAAGUUUGUUAGUGUUGCACUUUUUAAUAAAAAUGCAAGCUGACAUUCUAAAAUAGUAA